UUUAGACCUCAAUCCUUCUCCAAGAUGGCUAUGGCAAGUUUAUUUGGACUUUCUACCCCUGUGGACAUUGAUAUCACCUUCGCAGGCGAGGAGCACCGAAAGCAUGUAGACGUCAAGGUUGAUAAAGAUCAUCGUGAAUCCAUGCCUUUGUAUUUGGAUGGAGAAACCGUCAAAGGAAAGGUGACAAUCAGACCUAGAGACGGAAAGAAGGUUGAACAUAACGGCAUCAAAAUUGAAUUCGUCGGUAGCAUAGACCUUACACAAAGUGGUAGCAAAACGACCGAGUUUUUGGCGUUAUCUCAAGAAUUAGCAGCCCCCGGUGACAUGAGACAGGCCACCAGCUUUGAUUUUGAGUUCAAAAACGUUGAAAAACAAUAUGAAUGCUACUAUGGAAUCAAUGCCAAGCUAAGAUACUUUGUGCGUGUCACUGCAGCGCGAAGAAUGGCAGAUUUGGUCAAGGAGCGAGAUAUUUGGGUUUAUUCCUACACAUUGCCCGCUGACCUCAACAACUCAAUUAAAAUGGAAGUUGGUAUUGAGGAUUGCCUGCAUAUUGAAUUUGAAUACAACAAGUCCAUGUACCAUAUGAAGGACGUCAUUGUAGGUAAAAUCUACUUCCUACUUGUACGUAUCAAGAUCAAACAUAUGGAACUAUCUAUCAUCAGACGCGAAACCACUGGUGCUGCCCCUAAUCUUUACAAUGAAAGCGAAACGAUCACCAAGUUUGAGAUUAUGGACGGUGCUCCUGUGCGGGGAGAGACCAUUCCUAUCAGACUAUUCUUGGGAGGUUUUGAGCUGACGCCUACUUUCCGCGACAUCAACAAGAAGUAUUCCACGAGAUAUUAUCUUAAUCUUGUUCUCAUAGAUGAGGAGAACAGACGUUAUUUCAAGCAGCAGGAGAUCACUAUAUUCAGAAGAAAGGUUGAUGAUGGAUUUCCUCCCGACGAAACUAAUGGCGAGGCGUAAUUGAAUUUAAUAAUAAAAAUUGAUGAGAUACCGAAAUGCAGUCACAGCUGCAAUGACACAUUUUUGAGUAC